GUUAUUACAGACCACACACUGCCUUACAUGGGCAACUUCUUUAGGGCUGGAAUUUGCUCCUCUGACGUCACUGCCUGUUCCUCUCCCAGAUUUGGGAAAAAAAGUUGUUUCACUUUAAGUGGGAUCUGAAACCCAGAUUUCAUAGAAAGCGAGGUUUCAAUGUGCGUUUAAUCAGACCUUGUCCAGAAGAGACUGCUGGAUUUUUGCUGAAGAGCUGAGCCAUUGAAGUCAUUCAUCUUUAGAGUUUGUUGCCUGUGACUCAUCGCUGUCCAUCAAAGAAAAGUCCUAAUCAUGUGGAGUGGCCAGAACAAUGGGAGCCAGCACGGUCAUGUGACUGCCAGAAUGGAGACCAGUUUGCCAAUGGGAACCCCGAGCAUCUCGGUAUCACAACACCAGGCUCCGAAAAAGUUCGCUCCUGUCGUGGCGCCCAAACCCAAGUUUAACCCGUACAAGUCUCCUGGGGACGCUACACACGACAUUGCAGGUGAUUACCCUCCUCCGCCUCCACCUGUAGUGGACGCCAGCGGUUUGACAUCUUCAUCCUUCCCUCCGCCUCCACCGAUGGACGAGAGCUCCUUUGGAUUUCAGAUCAAAGGACCGGAGAAGACCCUGGAGGAGAGACGCUCCAGCCUGGACGCCGAGAUCGACUCUUUGACCAGUAUCCUGGCCGAUCUGGAGAGCAGCUCUCCAUAUAAGAGUCGCACGCCACAGAAUUCUGCCACCCUACCAGUGAGCCCCAACGCUCCUGUUACAGGCUACAAACGCAUGGUGAUCCCCAACCAGCCACCUCUGACUGCUACCAAGAAGUCCACCCCCAAGCCUCAGGCACCUCCAUCUGCUGCUCCAGCCUCCUCUCCAUCUCCUUCCUCACGGCCUCAGCAGCCAGUUCCUGCUUCCUACAGUACGGCCUCAACCCCCAGCCAGCCCACGUUCAGCGUGCAGGCUCGAGCAGCUCAACCUGGCCCUCAGCAGCAGCAACAGCAGCCUGGCCGAGCCACAUAUGCACAAGGGCAGUAUACACCGGCCCAACCUCGAGGUCCUGAUUUUGCCUACGGGCCUCCACAGCCAACUUUCUCUCCAGUUGGAGGGUACCAUGACCAACACUAUGGAGGAGCUCCAGCCCCUGGAGGCCAGAACACUUGGAGAGCUGAGCCAAGCCAUCAUGCUGUACUACCACACAAUCAGAGCUACCAGCCUCCUGCCCCAAAGAAGACCUACAUCACCGAUGCUCCUCCCAGCAUGGCACCUUAUGGAGCAGGAGCCAUGGGAGCUCAGAAGGCUCCAGGUCAGUCCACCGCUCACCCUGAGGAAGAGUUGGACAGGCUGACUAAGAAGAUGCUGUAUGACAUGAACCACCCACCAUCAGAGGAGUACUUUGGCCGCUGUGCGAGCUGUGGGGAGAACGUGGUUGGUGAAGGCACUGGCUGCACUGCCAUGGAUCAGGUCUUCCAUGUGGAUUGCUUCAUAUGCAUGACCUGCAACUGCAAGCUGAGAGGAAAACCCUUCUACGCUGUGGACAAGAAGGCUUACUGUGAGCCGUGCUACAUUAACACCUUGGAGACCUGUAACAUCUGCAGUAAGCCCAUCAUGGAGAGGAUUCUGCGGGCGACGGGUAAAGCUUACCACCCGCACUGCUUUACCUGUGUGGUGUGUCACCGGAGCCUGGAUGGCAUCCCGUUCACCGUGGACGCCUCCAACCACAUCCACUGCAUCGAGGAUUUCCACAAGAAGUUUGCCCCUCGUUGCUCUGUGUGUAAAGAGCCGAUAAUGCCUGCUCCUGGCCAGGAGGAGACGGUCCGCAUUGUGGCUCUGGACCGGGAUUUCCAUGUGCAGUGUUACCGCUGCGAGGACUGUGGCUGUCUGCUCUCUGAGGGUGAUAAUCAGGGCUGUUACCCACUGGAUGGUCAUGUUCUCUGCAAGAACUGCAACACCAACCGUAUCCAGGCCCUGACUGCCAAGGCCACCACCGACCUCUGAGUCCAUACUAUUCUCCCUAACACACACACACACACACACACAUAUAUAUACUCCUAACUCAUCUGAUACAAUAUGGCUGCAUUUAGAAAUAUCCUCACGCUUACAGCUUGUACACACACACCCACACACACACACACACGCAGUUCACAAUUGUACACAUUUGUUGCAGUCAGACAAAAAAAAACAUUUUAUCUUUGCUUCUUGUAUGUAUGCUAAUAAAAACAAACAUUUAAUAAUUGAUUAAAACUUUAAAGGUACCAGGAGUAAUGAGUAGAACGAUCCAGACGAACUUGAGAAAAGAUUACUUAACAUUAGUUACGAUGACGAAUUGUACAUGCAUUCCUUGCUUUAUAUAUGUUGUCUAUCUUCCAUAUGGCCAGUGCUCAAAGAGCAAAAUGUGACGGGGACAAAUGUGUAGCAAAUAACAUUUAGUUCACAGAUAUUCCCAUAGCUUCGAGUCAUCUGUGUCCCCUGACAGAAUUAUUACAGCCAGACGUCUGUCUAAAAAUCCAGCUCAGUCAGUCGAUGUUGAGCUUUAACAUUAUUCUGUGUCCUAAUCUUAUACGUGCCUGUCUUUAGGAGCGAAAACAGAAACCAUAAUCCAGUUAUUCGUUAGGAUUUUAGAACAAACAGUGGCCUUGCUUUCAUCAGUCAUCAUUUCUAUUAUAUUCAUGGUGAACGUAUGUAUACGUUUGAUUUGCAAAAACAUGGUGAUGGGGCCACACAUAUGUAUGUAUGAACACACACACACACAGACACGACAAAAAAUACUCUUCUUAUGGCCUUAUAAAAUAUACUAAAGGGCUUUUUGGGGUUAUUAUUUGGGUGAAUAAUAUGCAGUUUUAAACAUGUACAAGAUAUUAAAGCUCUAGUUCCAGGUGUAUAGAUGAGGUGAAGAUGAAUUACACAAUCAUGUAACACAAAUAUCAGUGCAUGUCCAGACAAACACACCAGUCAGACAAAUACAAAUAGGAUUUGGCAGAAUUUCUUAAAAAUCAGUUCAACAAAAGACUCAGAUUCAAUUUAAACACCUCCCACUGGAGCGACGUUUACAUUCUUCGACGACGUGUGUAUAUAUUUACAUACUUAUGCAGUUCGUAGAGAGGUUUAUUAUAUGGAAUAGGACUGUGAACCCAAACAUAUAUAACCAAAGUGUGAGUAAUGCUGCAGUGCACUGCUGCUUCCUCCUAUUAUUCACUAUACUGCUUUCCACAUAGCACAAUUAUAUUAUAUUUAUAUGCAUAUCAUGAAUGAAAGCUGUUUAAUGCAACAUAGAUCAUCUGAGAAACUUAAGGCAGUAUAAAGUGCCUUUUCUUUUGGUUAGUACAGUCCACAGAAGGAGAAACACGGCAAUGAAAUCAGUAACGUUGUGACAAUCAAACCCGGAGGUUAAAAUGGUAUUAAAAAGAAUUCAAUCCUAGAAGAUUAUAACCAGCGUAGUUGAAAAAAACAAAAAGAAUAUUUUGUAGGCUCUUAUAAUCAGCACUAUGAGCAUUCAUUCUAAUAUUGUCAAUUUGUGAAGCGUAGUAUUAGACCUAAAUAUAGCGAAGAAAGUAUUCUAAUGAUUAGGGGAAAAAAAAAACUUAUAUUAAUAGGAUUUCAUUCUUAGCUUGAUAAAAGAAUAACAAUAUGCAAUUUCCUUUCUAUUAUUGCAUUGACACUUUAUAUAUAAUAAUAUGCAGAAAUUACCUUUUUUUUUUUUUUUUUACUCUUCAGGAAUUGUGAUUAAGCAAUAAGUUUUCAACACCACACCUCUCCUCCCUGUGUGUCUUCUUCUGCUCGGUUUCAUCAUCCUGCUCUUAACGUUUUACGAUGCAGAGAGGUGGUUAAUCUUUAGGUAGCAAAGGCACACAUGCUCUCUGGUUUCUCUUCUUGUGCGCUUUUGAUGAAAUUGUAGUACUGCUUUUACGCUUUCUUUAUAUUUUUUAACUGUGUUGCUUCAUCAGCGAGGAAAAAUACAAGGGAUUUUAAGGAUAUUAAAACAUUAAGAGUGUAAUUGAACAUUAGGACUAAAAUAUACUAUGUUUCUCAGGGUGGCCUCAGAUGGAUUUGUUUGGCCUCAGUCAGGUAUUUCUAGAAAGGACCAUAAAUUUAUGAGAGCUUGAAAAGUUCCUGAAUUUUGCCUUACUAGUGUAUUUGGGGUCAUUCCUGACAGUUGGUGAGGAUAUAACAAGAGAAAGGAAAUUUGUUAUUUUGAAUUCUUCGACAAGUUGAUCCAUUAGCAAUCUUCGUUCAUGUUUUAUGUCAAAUUUUUGAUUUUGUACCCAUUCCCUCACUGUCUCUGUAUUAGUUCCUCUAGCCUUAAUAAACAUUCUUUUUUUUUCGCAUAAGAG